AUGCUAGCGAAAUUUGAAACAAAAAGCAGCCGUGUAAAGGGUAUCGCGUUCCAUCCGACACGUCCGUGGAUUCUUUGCUCUUUGCAUGACGGCUGUAUUCAACUCUGGGAUUAUCGUGUGGGUACACUGCUGGAAACGUUUAGUGAGCAUGACGGACCGGUGAGAAGCGUGGACUUCCACCCAUCCCAGCCACUUUUUGUGUCAGGAGGCGAUGACUACAAGAUACGUGUGUGGAAUUACAACAACAAAAGAUCUCUGUUCACGCUCAUGGGCCAUCUGGAUUAUAUUCGUACUGUUCAGUUCCAUCACGAAAACCCGUGGAUUGUGAGUUGCUCGGACGACCAAAACAUCCGAAUCUGGAACUGGCAGAGCCGUGAGUGUAUCGCGGUGCUGACGGGCCAUAAUCACUAUGUGAUGUGUGCGCAGUUCCAUCCGAAGGAGGACCUUGUGGUGAGUGCUUCUCUUGACCAGACAAUUCGUGUCUGGGAUAUAUCUGGACUGAAACAGAAGGGGAAGAAGAUUCCGGGCAAGACGGGAGGUCCGAGCACGAUGCUUGGCAGACUCUCUACAGACCUCGUGGGAACUGUAAAAUACGUGCUGGAGGGUCACGAGCGCGGUGUGAACUGGGCCUCGUUCCAUCCCGAGCUUCCUCUGAUCGUUUCGGGUUCCGACGACCGAAUGAUUAAGAUCUGGCGUACAAACGAGACGAAGGCCUGGGAAGUGGACACGCUUCGCGGCCACACGAACAAUGUGAGCUGUGUGAUGUUCCACCCUCGCGAGGACUUGAUUCUGAGCGACGGAGAGGACCACAGCAUCCGCGUCUGGGACAGCACAAAGCGGAUCGGCAUCCAGUCCUUCGUGCGUGCUCACGAUCGCUUCUGGAUCAUCAUCGCUCACAAAACGCAAAAUCUCUUGGCUGCCGGCCACGACUCGGGCGCCGUGGUCUUCAAACUGCGCCGCGAGCGUCCUCCCUUCGUGGUGCACAAGAACUACUGCUUCUACGUGAAGGAUCGGUACUACCGAAUCCGCGAGCUGGAGGGUUCGGGCCGUGACAUCGUGCUGAUGCCGAUCACGCGCGGUCCCGCGGCCAACAACGCGGCCACGCGGCGUCUGCAGUUCAACAUGUACAGCAGCAGCGACCUGAUGCUGCUGAUGCACAACGCGGAGGACGGCGGUUCGUACGAGCUGCUCUGCUACUCGGGAAGACUGGAUUCGGAGAAGAUCACGCCGGACGUGGCGUCGGGCGCUGCGAAGAGCGUCUGCUUCCUGGGCCGGAACAAGUUCGCGACGCUGGAAGGCAAGGACACGCUGUGCAUUCGCAACAGCGAGAAUAUCGUGACCAAGCGCGUGCCGCUUCCCUUCGCGGGCUGCGAGCAGAUUUUCCCCGGCGGCGUUUCGGGGCGCGUGCUGCUGUACAACGACCACCAGCUGGUCCUGUUCGACACGGCGUCGUUCCAGAUGCUGGGCGCGGCGUCCUUGCCGGGCGUGAAGCGUGUGGCGUGGAGCGCGGACAACUCCAUGCUGGCGGUGAUGUCCGCGACGAGCGUGCGGAUCCUCACCAAGGACCUGAAGCAGCUGGGCGCGGUGACCGAGAAGCGCCGCGUGAAGGACUGCGUCUGGGACGAGCGCGGCGCGGUGCUGUACUCCACGCUCUCGCAGAUCAAAUACCUGCUCCCGUCGGGCGAGUCGGGCGUGGUGCGAAGCCUGGAGGAGCCGGUGUAUCUGAUCUGCCUGCGCGGGUCGGUGCUGCACGUGUUCAACCGGGAGAGCGCGCUGCAGAAGAUCGAGAUCGACGCGACGGAGUACUUGUUCAAGCUGUCCCUGGAGAACCACCGCUACCACGACGCGAUCCGCAUCAUUCGGAGCAACAAGGUGGACUCGCAGGCCAUCAUCGGCUAUCUCCAGCGCAACGGCUUCGAGGACAUCGCGCUCUACUUCGUCACCGAGCCGCGCGCCAAGUUCAAUCUCGCGCUCCGCUGCGGCAAGCUGGAGGUCGCCGAGGAGUGCGCGCGCGAGCUGAACGAGCCGGCGAUCUGGACGCUCCUCGCGGACGAGGCGCUGCGGCAAGGAGACUGGCAGAUCGUGGAGCAGUGCUACGUGCAGACCAAGGCCUUCGACAAGCUGAGCUUCUUCUACAUCCUCACCGGCAACCAAGAGAAGCUCCGCAAGAUGCUCCGCGUGGCCGAGGUGCGCGGCGACGCGUCCAGCUUCUUCUCCAACGCCGUCUACCUCGGCGACGUCGCUGCGCGCGUCAAGAUUCUCCGCGACGUCGGCCAGCUCUCCCUCGCCUACAUCACCGCUGUCACCUACGGACUCGACGACGCCGCCGCCGAGCUGCGCGCCCAGCUCGACGAGCAGUCCCUGCCCGUCCCGCAGGUCUCGCCCGUGGCUCCGGAGAGCCUUCUCUCCCCGCCCUCGCCGGUCCCCAACGCGCUGGAUAGCCUGCCCGUCCUCGACAUGGCGCGCACCACCUUCGACCGCGUCAUGCAGGAAGAACAACAACAAGAACAAGAGGGCACCGCGCACGCAACGACCGGCAAGCUCGACGCCCUCGACGCCGACCUCGACGCCGAGUUCCAGUCCAUCGCCGACGAGGGCUCCGGCGCUGGCGCUGGCUGGGGCGACGACCUGGGCUUUUCCGACGACGCUGGCGGCGAUGGCGACGACGCCCUGGACGCGGCCGGGUCGGGCUGGGGCGACGACCUCGCCUUCUCCGACGACGACGACGCCGCGCUGCCCGCGGGCCCCGAGCUGGCCGAGCAGGCGGCGCCCGCGCCGGGCGUGUCGGUGGCGUCGGCGUGGGCGCAGAGCUCGCCGCUGGCCUACGACCAGGCGGCGGCGGGCGACGUGGACGCGGCCUGCCGCCUGCUGAACCGGCAGAUCGGCGCCGCGAAGCUGGAUCGGCUCGCCGCGGUGCUGCGCGGCGCGUUCCUCAGCGUGCAGGCCGUCACCGCGGGGUUCGCGGGCAUGCCGGCGCUGGAGACGCCGCUGCUGCGGAGCUCGGCGCCCCCGCGGCCACUGGCGGUGUUCGGCGCGGUGCACGUGGCGCAGCUGGCGAAGAUGGGGCUGAAGUGCUUCCAGGGCGGACGCUUCGAGGACACGCUGGCGGCGUUCCGGUCGCUGCUGCAGAUUCUGCCGUGCGUGGUGGCGGCGAAUCGCGAGGAGGAGGCGGAGCUGCGCCGCGCGCUCGAGCUGGCGCGCGAGUACAUUCUGGCCGUGCGGCUGGAGCUGGCGCGGAAGGCGAGUCCCGCGGGGAGCGCGGCGUCGCUGCUGCGCGCGGCGCUGAUGACGCACUGCGCGCUGCAGAGCGGGCACCUGCUGCUGGCGCUGAACAACGCGAUGGUGGCCGCGUACAAGGCCGAGAACUUCAUCGACGCCGCCGGCUUCGCCGCGCGCAUUCUCGCCAGUCCCGAGGCCAAAUCCCCGCGGAACGCCGCUCUCGAGCAGAAGGCGCGGAAGGUGCUGCAGCGCAGCGAGCGGGAGGGCCGCAACGCGGUGGAGUCGGGGUACGAUCCCCGCGGUUCGUUCGCGGUGGAAGCGAAGGCGCUGGAGCCGCUGAACAAGGGGGAGGAGCGCGUGCGCUGCCCCUACUGCGGAGCUGUGUAUCGCGUGGACGCGGCCAAGACGCUCUGCGAGGUGUGCGAGCUGGCCACGGUGGGGUUGGAGACCGUGGGGCUGGUGUGUGUGGAUGCGAGAUCGUGA